CAUUACUUUCCAGACCGGCAGCUGCAGGGGCUUCAGCACAGCCUCAGCCACCACCCCAGCUGCUGGAUGCUUCCGCUUCAGCUCCAUCUCAGGGGCCCACUCCUCAGGGGGCCGUGGAGGGCUGGCAAGGAUGGGCACCCCGGGUACUGGCUUUGGAAGCCACAGCCUCUACAACCUGGGGGGCACCAAGCGGGUCUCCAAUGGUGGGUGUGUGAGCAGCUUCCGAAGUGGCUUUGGUGGCAGGGCUGGCAGCGGGUUAGGGGUCAGCAGUGGGUUUGGCUAUGGGGGAGGAGCUGGAGGGGGCUAUGGGGCCUCUGGCUUCCCUGUCUGUCCCCCUGGAGGCAUCCAAGAGGUCACUGUCAACCAGAGUCGCCUGACUCCCCUCAACCUGCAAAUCGACCCCACCAUCCAGCGGGUGAGGACUGAGGAGCGGGAGCAGAUCAAGACCCUCAACAACAAGUUUGCCUCCUUCAUCGACAAGGUGCGGUUCCUGCAGCAGCAGAACAAGGUCCUGGGGAAGAAGUGGGAGCUCCUUCAGGAGCAGGGCUCCAAGACCGUGAGGCAGAGCCUGGAGCCCUUCUUUGAUGCCUACAUCCAUGACCUCCGCUGGCAGCUGGACAGCGUCCCCACAGAGAGGGGCAGGCUGAACACUGAGCUGAGGAACAUGCAGGAUGUCGUGGAAGAUUUCAAAGUCAGGCACCAGGAUGAAAUCAACAAGCACACUGCAGCUGAGAAUGAGUUUGUGGCCCUGAAAAAGGAUGCAGACGCUGCCUACGUGAACAAGGUGGAGCUGGAGUCCAGGGUCAACUCUCUGACUGACGAGAUCAACUUCUUAUGGAUGAUCUUUGAGGCAGAGCUGUCCCAGAUGCAGACCCAGGUCAGUGACAUUGUGGUCCUGUCCAUGGACAACAACCACAGCCUGGACCUGGACAGCAUCAUCGCCAAGGUCAAGGCCCAGUACGAGGACAUCGGCAACCGCAGCCGGGUUGAGGCCGAGUCCUGGUAUCAGACCAAGCACGAGGAACUGCAGGUCACAGCGGGCAGACAUGGCGAUGAUCUCCGCAAUACUAAACAAGAGAUAUCCAAGAUGAACCGGAUGAUUCAGAGGCUGAGAGCCGAGAUCGACAGUGUGAAGAAGCAGUGCUCCAGCCUGCAAAUGGCCAUUGCCAACGCAGAACAGCGUGGAGAGCUGGCCCUUAAGGAUGCACGAGCCAAGCUGGUGGACCUGGAGGAGGCCCUGCAGAAGGCCAAGCAGGACAUGGCCCCACUGCUGCGGGAGUACCAAGAGCUGAUGAAUGUCAAGCUGGCCCUGGACAUGGAGAUCGCCACCUACCGGAAGCUGCUGGAGGGCGAGGAGGGCAGGUGAGGGCAGAUGCACCAAGUCCAUCCCAGCUGCCUGGGCACUCCCAGGGACUCAGACUGUGGCGGCGCCCUCUUGG